GUAAUCUCAAUGUUUGAAGAAUUUUAAUUAACCCACGGCGGCGAAGUUCACCUCGACGGAUUCAUUUUCUGACGCGUUCUGGUUAUUAGUGUGAGCUAAAGUGAAUUUCACCGGUACAAAAGUUAUAAUCAAGUCGCUCCUCUAUUGUCUGGUGAUUUUGUUCUCGUGAAGAAGGUGUGAAGUAUACGUGAGUGGGUUAGUUGGCUACUGUUUGUAUUUACUCUGUUAAUGUCUUUUGCCUCAGAUCUUUCACGCAAAUUAUCUGCUGCUGUUUUUCUUUCACAGACUCAAGAACAGACAAAAUGCCCGUCCCCGGUUGUUUUUUUUGAGUUUCAUCUCCUUUUCAUACACUCUAUAUCAUUGGUCAGACACUCUUUAAGGGUUUGAAUAGCUGCUAACUUGAAAAGGAGUCUUCUGUGUAAAAGAACAAAGGGCUUCUAAUUCCUUGGUUUACUUUGAAGUUAAUGCAAAAAUGACAGAGGCCUUGAGCGAGCUUGGCUGCAUUUGAAGUAGUCUUUAAACUAAGCGGGGUUUGCAAAUUCAGUCACACAGGAGAACGAAACUGUUCUCAGCAAUGGUAUAUUUGAUGUAACAGUUGUGGUCUUUAUGAGAGAACUGUUCCACGGGAUAUGUCAUCUAACCCUCAAAUAAACUCUGGAUUACUGGAUUUUCAUCGGUUCUUCACUAUUGAGCAAUAUCGAACUUCGAGACCUUUCUCUCGACGCUAAACUCAGAAUGGAUCUAAAUUUUAACAUUUGCCAGCCAGACACCAAUGAGAAAAAGCACUCUACUGAUGACCUUGGAAUCAAAUCAACCCAUGUCAUAAACCUGGGAGAAAAUGCUCACGCUAUCGGAACACAGAACGGAAAAAAGGAAUUCGGAAGCUCGGAACAUGUCUGUCUGCCCACAGUUUUUGAGGGUAAAAUUACUCAUGAAAGGAAAGUACUCCAAAAAGAGAAGUUAACAAAUAUGGGUAAGUUGAGUUUGUUAUGUAACUCUUCCGUUGAAAAAUAAAUAUCGCGGUCAGUUGUGCUGCUUAAUAUUCUGCGAAAAUAUGUAAGAGUGAAUUCAGUCUUGAUCAAGCACCCCACUCAAACGGAAUUUUAGACUGUACAGAUCCUACACAGGGCCCAACGUGAAACGGAGAGAGGAAAUGAAAUUCAUUUCUCUUCUCCGUCCUCGCUAUAUGCUGGCCACGCAAGCGAAAUGUAUCUACAAUAAGAAUGGGGUUUUUCGUGUAACUGCACUCGAUAAAAUUAAUUCUUUUUUACACCAAAUUCAACAUACUCACAUCGGUCAGAUUACCCUAUAAUGCCCGUAUUCAUGUAGAUACUUCGAUCUAGGCACUUCUUAUUUUGCCAAUGAAAUUAAGCCAGUUAAUAAUGAUACAUAAUUUCGGUGUAAAUUUGUUUAAACAUUUCAAACCUGGAAAAAUCGAUUCAUCCUUAAUAGAGUGGUCAAAUGGUCAGAUUCUUCCAUUUUUUAAGUAUAAGAAUAAGUUUUUCGUUUUAGCCGCCGAUUAUUACAUUUAACAACAAUCUAAACACUAAUAAAAAACAAAGCCUUUUUUCCGUCUUAGUUAAAAUUAAACAAAUGCUAAGUUGUCAUGACUUUUCUUACGUAUUCAUGCCAAAUAAAGUAACAGCACAUUGUGGAAGCAUCGAUGCAAUCGAUGCAACAGCCUCGAUUGACAAUUAAAUUCAGCAAAAGGGCACACGAACAUUUGUCAAUAGGUGGCCAAAGGAAUAGUUUUUUUGCCGGAUAAAAGUCCAUUACCUCUGCGAGAAUCUUUAGGGUAAUACCUUUAAUCUCCAGUUAUGAUUAGAUGGAAUUAUGACGUAAGUAUGAGGAUUUGAUAUCACUGAGCCAUAUUUGAUCAUAAGUGCGAUAGCUAUCUCUAAAUGAAUGAUGUCCUACUUAUUUUCUCACUUGCAGUCUCCUUGCGGAGGUCUGGGUCAAAUCAUGACGUCAGACGCAGCGAUCCUCGGGCACUAUCCCCAUGCUUCCCGAGAUAUUCAUCCCAGGAGAGCCUGGAUGAUAACAUUCCAAAAUCGCCCAUUGUAGGACGUACGUUCCAGCGCAAAAUCUCUAACCCACUCCCCACGGAUUCAAAGAAGAAGUUGCACUUGAGAAUUAGGGGAAGAGCUCUUUCGGAUUCUCCCGCGGAAGCCCUUAUUAGUCCUGUUGUCCCGCGCAAACAUCUAAACCCUGAAAACGACUUUAAUUAUUGGCAAGUACAAGGAGGUUUAUCGCGCGUCAAGUCUUGUCCUGUAAUCAAAUCUGAAUCAAAUGAGCGACUCAGCGAUCUUUCACUUUUACUGACAAGUAAGUCGUCUUCGGCUGUACACUCGACUUUUAAAGCCGCUGACCUUGACAGAUUACCACAGAUUCAUCAAGAGGAUAGUCCAAUGUUGGUGCGCACGCGUAAAACAUCCAACGAAAGACCGAGAGAGCUGUUUAAUGUGAGUCCCAUUAUGGGUCAGUCUGGUAAUUUCUUAAGGAAACCCAACAUAGCUAACGAUAAUCAGUGUGAUUUUACUGAUAAAGUAGAAUACUAUCUGUAUAGUAUGUCUUUUGACGAUGAUAAAGCUUCGAUAUCUGGUUUAAGCGACAGUUGA